AACGUAGUUUGGAUGUUACUUUCCCAAUAAAACUUGUUCAUCCAUUUAACUCCAGGCCUUUCUCCGAGGAAUAUGAAUCAAAUGCUGAUGACAGAUACACAGUUAAUGCAGUCCGUCUGCCUGGGGUGGAAAAUGGGCCGAGGAAAAAAAUGUGGUGGUAGGAAAACUCUAGUCUUGCAUGAGGUUCCCAAUGAUGCUGUGCAAAAGCUUCUCUCUGGAAAAGAUGCUUUAGCUGCAUGUGACGUUGCAAUAUUUGUCCAUGACAGUUCUAGUGAGCCCUCAUGGAGGAGAGCAUCUGAACUGCUUGUAGAUGUUGCUAGUAACGGGGAGGCCACUGGCUAUGAGAUCCCUUGUCUCAUUGUGGCAGCUAAAGAUGAUCUUGACCCUUAUUUGACUGAAAUACAAGACUCAACAAGGCUACUAUUGUCACCGUCAACCACUCCGUUGUCGGUCAUCCUUAAAACAAGUUUGGGCAAUCCGGGGGCUGGUGCAUUUGGGUCGGGCAGUGACCGGAUACUGUAACGCUCUCCCACAAUUUGAUCUUCCAAAACUU